GAUGGCUCAAGGACUUGGCUUCUUUCUAGCCCUUCUGUCCUUACUUGGUCCUGGUUCUGGGACUGUGGGAGGCCAGACCUUUGCCUCUUCCUCAGUUCCAACUUUAGCUCAACAUAAACAUCUGACUACAGUUCCUUUGGAAGAAACUUCAGUGGCCACAUCUUGGGCAAGAGGUAGCACUGUAUCUCAGCCAUUUUCCAAUUUCACCGGCUCCGUGAAUGACCAUGGAAUCUGCCAGUGCUCCGUCUCCCUGCCAGACACCACCUUUCCUGUGGUCAGAGUGGAACGCUUGGAAUUCACAGCUCAGAUCCUUUCCCAGAAGUUUGAGAAAGAACUCUCUAAAGUGAAAGAAUAUGUGCACUUAAUCAGUGUGUAUGAAAAGAGACUCUUAAACUUAACUGUCCGAGUAGAAAUCAUGGAGAAGAAUAGCAUUUCUUACACUGAACUGGACUUUGAGCUGAUCAAGAUAGAAGUGAAGGAGAUGGAAAAACUGAUCAUACGCCUGAAGGAGAGUUUUGUUGGAAGCACAGAAAUUGUUGACCAGCUGGAAGUGGAGAUAAGGAAUAUGACUCUCCUGGUGCAGAAGCUAGAGACGUUAGAUAAAAACAACGUCCUUGUCAUUCGUCGAGAAAUUUUGGCAUUGAAGAAAAAGCUAGAGGAAUGUGAGGCCUCUAAAAAUGAGCACACUCCUCUUGUUCCCCCUCGUCCUGCUCCAGGAAGCUGUAAUCAUGGAGGUGUGGUGAACAUCAGCAGACCCUCUGUGGUUCAACUCAACUGGAGAGGGUUUUCCUAUAAAUACGGUGCCUGGGGUAGGGAUUAUUCUCCUGAACAGCCAAACAAGACACUGUAUUGGGUAGCGCCCUUGGAGACGAGUGGGCAGACACUUCAAUAUUACAGACUCUAUAACACAUUGGAUAACUUGCUGUUGUACACACAAGUGCGAGAAUCUCUGAUUAGGUAUGGCCAAGGUAGUGGUACGACAGUUUACAACAACAACAUGUAUGUCAAUUGGUACAACAGUAGGAACAUUGCUAGAGUUAACUUGUCCACCAACACUGUGGCUGUGACUCGACAGCUCCCUGAUGCUGCCUAUAACAACCGCUUUUCAUAUGCUAAUGUAGCUUGGCAAGAUAUGGACUUUGCUGUGGAUGAACAUGGACUGUGGGUGGUCUAUGCAACAGAAGCCAGUACUGGUAACAUAGUGAUUAGUCUACUCAAUGACACCUCCCUUGUGGUGCUGAACACUUGGGUUACCAAGCAGUACAAGCCAUCUGUGUCUAGCACCUUCAUGGUAUGUGGGGUUCUGUAUGCCACCCGUACUUUGAAUACCAGAUCAGAAGAGAUUUUUUACUACUAUGACACAAACACAAGGAAAGAAGGUAAUCUGGCUAUUUUGAUGCCUAAGAUGCAGGAAAGAGUGCAGAGCAUUAAUUACCAUCCCUUUGACCAAAAACUUUAUGUGUAUAAUGAUGGUUACCUUUUGAAUUAUGAUCUUUUCUUCCAAAAGGAAUCCAAGUAAAGUGUCUUGCUGUUAGAGAGAGAAACAAAGUGUUUGUUGUAAACAGUCUUUUCUUCUUACUUAGAUAUAUACAGGAGAAUCCAGAAGUAUUUUUCUUUAAUAGUGAUAUUUAGGUUCAGAAUCAUAUAUCACUAGAUAAGAUAUUUGUCAUGAUUUGAUAAGUUCUCUUGGGAAUCUUCUGCCUUGUGGGAUGCAAAUAUGAUUCUUGCAGGAUGGGAUUGGUAGAGGUCAAUGGGCACAAUCAGUCCAAAGAGCCUAUAGUAAGGAGUCAUGUAAAAAUUAAGAAACUUAAAUUAGGAAAUGCAGUAUAGAGUCUGUUGGUUCUUUGUACAUGAAAAUUGGCUCAAUGAGCAUUUCUUGUUCAUUAUAGGCCCUACUACUUCUUCCAUGCCUAAAAAGAACUUGGGGCUUAAUUAGGCAGAUUAAUAUCAGAAGGUGCUCAAGUGACCAAAUCUUCAACUUUGUUUACUCACUAGCUCUUAAGUAAAGAUUUGUAAAUACCAGAUAAGUAAACUUGAUCUUCUAUAUUAUAUCUGUAAAAUGUUCUGAGUUUUCUGGAGAGAGAACCUUUAUGCAUUAAAUUUUUUAUUGCCUAUUGAUCUUGGAAGGCUCUUCAGAUGAGUUAAUUUUACUUCUCUCCUUUUCUACCAUUUUAAGAGUCAAUAGAACCCUUUACUUCAUAAUUUAAUUUGAAAGGCAUAUCGCAAAACUAGAAUCAGACUUACCAAAUAAUGCUCCCAACCUCUCCUUAUUGCUGUCAUUUUUUGGUAAACAACAAGAAACACAAUAAACAUUAAUUUGGUUUCCCAUGAGCUAGUCAUAAGAUAACAAAUUAAUUUUCUUUUAUCUCAUCAUUAACUUUUCUUUAGAUAGCCGUAGAUCAUAAUAAAAUCAGACGAUAAUGAUAAAAUGGUAAAAUGGUAGCAUUUAUGGUCAUAGAAUAAAUGCUUAGGACAUAUGUGAGAAUUGUAUUAAUUGUUUCAUCGUUUUGUUUUUGCUUGAGCCUGGAAGUUAUAAGAAAAGGAAAAUUUAAUUUCUUUCAAAGAAGAGAUGUAAAAAAAAUCUAUGCAAAAUAUCUAAUACAUCAAUGUUUUGAUUGAAAAAUCUCGCACAGGUUUAGGUGGUUAUGUGCUUUUGGGUGCCUUUAUCUUUUGAUUUUAGCUGUUUUAUAUGAUGUUUAAAUCCUAGUCUUAGGAUUGGCUAUUUCAAUGUUGUACUCUUUUUUAUGAAAAUGAUUAAAAUAGUCUUUAAAGAAA